AUGGCUGAAGAGGGGAGGAGGAGCUCAGACUCACAAGGAGAACAAUACUUUACAAAACAAGACAAUGAGACAAGGAGACACGGAGACAAGGAGACAAGGAGACAAGGAGACAAGGAGACAAGGAGACAAGGAGACAAGGAGACAAGGAGACAAGGAGACAAGGAGACAAGGAGACAAGGAGACAAGGAGACAUGGAGACAAGAAGACAAGGAGACAAGGAGAACAGGAGACACUGAGACAAGGAGACAAGGAGACAAGGAGAACAGGACACAAGGAGACAAGGAGACAAGGAGACAAGGAGACAAGGAGACAUGGAGACAUGGAGACAAGAAGACAAGGAGACAAGGAGAACAGGAGACAAUGAGACAAGGAGACAAGGAGACAAGGAGAACAGGAGACAAGGAGACAAGAAGACAAGAAGACAAGGAGACAAGAAGACAAGGAAUAAAGUUUGCAAGGAGACAAGGAGACAAGGAGACAAGAAGACAAGGAAUCAAGUAG